AUGAGCGCAAAUAGCAACAAGUACUCUGUCAUUCUCCCAACCUACAAUGAGCGGAAGAACCUCCCUAUCAUAUGCUGGCUCCUGGAGCGCACAUUUCGAGAGAACAACCUAGACUGGGAAGUUAUCAUCGUCGACGACGGCUCCCCCGAUGGCACCCUCGAAGUCGCCAAACAACUCCAGAAAGUCUGGGGCCCCGAACACAUCAUCCUGAAGCCUCGCGCAGGCAAGCUCGGCCUGGGAACUGCCUACGUCCAUGGCCUGCAGUUCGUCAGCGGCAACUACGUGAUCAUCAUGGAUGCCGACUUUAGCCACCACCCGAAAUUCAUCCCAGAGAUGAUCCGCAUCCAGAAGGAGACGGACGCUGAUAUUGUGACCGGUACACGGUACGCCAACCGCGGAGAUAUCAAGGGCGGUGUUUAUGGAUGGGAUCUGUUCCGGAAGUUCACGUCGCGCACGGCCAACCUCAUUGCGGAUGUGAUGCUCAUGCCUGGCGUGAGCGAUUUGACUGGCAGCUUUAGGCUGUACAAGAAGAGCGUGCUGGAAAAGGUUAUCUCUAGUACCCAGAGUAAGGGGUAUAGUUUCCAGAUGGAGAUGAUGGUCCGGGCAAAGGCCAUGGGUUUCAAGGUUGCUGAGUGUCCGAUUACUUUUGUGGAUCGGUUGUAUGGAGAGAGUAAGUUGGGAGGCCAUGAGAUUGUGGAGUAUCUUAAGGGAGUGUUUACCUUGUGGUUGAAGGUUUGA